GGGCGGACCCAGCGUACGACGCCAUCUUUAUGACGGCCUCUGACGGGAGCUGUCAGCUGUUUCAGUGUGCCACCAUUGUUGUCGGUAGUGAUCUUGACACUCCAACUGGACUUGCUGUUCAACCGUAUAUAGGUCGCAUCUUCUGGUCGGACGGCCGUCUGCUGGAAUCUGCCCUUCUGGAUGGAAGUAACCGGACAUUGUUGAGGAAUGACCUUGUGCGGCCGAAGGGGAUGUGUAUCGACUACCGCACCAACAGACUGUAUUGGAUUGAGCAGGAUGUCUCCGAGAGUGUGAUACGAUCAACCACCCUAGAAGGAGGGGAUCAAGAAGUUGCAGUUCGACGGCCGGACAGUCAGCUCUUUGACCUAGACAUAUACCAGGGCUGGAUUGUCACGACGGAUGAACAACGUGGAGUCAUCGCCAUUUACGACGUUGCUCGCAACAGGUCGCAGGAGAAGGCGUGGGGAGGGAAGCCGCUCGGUAUCGUCAUUGACGGCAAGGACGUCUCGGGAGAAGUGGUCCCCCAGAACACCAACAACUCUCCCAGCAACAGGGGCGUCAUUCUUCUAGCGACGUCUACCGACAUCUACCGAAUGAAUCGGAACUUCGCUGACGUGAAGGACGAAGAAAACCUCGUCCAUCUUCCCCUACAUCCGCAGAUGAACGUGUACGCCAUGACAGCCAACGCCCACACCGACUACAUCUACUAUUACGAAGAAGCACGAAAAGAAGGGAGAAUCAUGCGUGUGGAGAUGAACCUGAGGCGUGGUAAGAGCGAGGGCCAGUUCACACCGGAACCACUCACCAACGCCGCCGUAAAAGAGGUGUCGGAUUUGUCCAUCGACUGGCUGACCCGAAACUUAUACUGGUCAGACAAGGGCAAUCGGCAAAUCGUGGUGGCCCGUGAAGACGGCCGAUUCCCUGCUGUUGUUGUGGAAGGUCACCUGAAGAUUCCGCGGACUGUUGUGGUGGACCCGAUCAACAUGUUCAUAUUCUGGGGUGACCAGCUGAACAUCGGGCGAAGUGGUCUGGAUGGAACGGAAGUGGAGUACAGCCUGUUCCGAGUUAACCAUCACAACCAUCGAAUAGCAGUGGAUCCGAAAACACGUCGUAUCUACUUCAGCGACACUAUCAUCCUCUGCCACGUCGACUACCUCGGUCAAGGCCAAUCCUGCAGCUCUCGGUUGAACUCUAGGAUACUCGUCAACAGUCUCGCCAUCAUGAACGACUAUAUCAUCUGGUCGGGUAUCAGUGGGGGUGUGUACGCCCAGGAUAAAGACACGUUCGCCUUCGUAGGGCAGAGCUCCAGCCAUAAGCGGUUCCACGGCAUCACCAUAUACCACACGUCGUCACAGCCGCUGUCCCCAAAUAACUGCACACGGAACAAUGGCGGUUGUAAACAAUUAUGUCUGCCCAACUUGACCAAUCAAGGUCGUAGCUGCAAGUGUACUGUCGGGUUCUGGGUACAACAAGAUGGAUCCUGUGUUAAAGCGCAACUGAUGGAGCCCUACCUUGUGUUCCCUGACGAACGCCUCCAAAACAUUUAUCAGGGAUCCCUCAUACUGGACAUGUACGGCGUGUUCCCGCUCCAGUCGCUGUCAAGGGUGAAGGACGUGGCAGUGGACGCUGUCGAGAAGAAGAUAUACUGGACUGACUACCUCGGCGUCAUCAACUGCGCCUACUUCAACGGCACUCAUCAACAUGUCGUCUUUGCUGACAAAAUCGUCAAGCCUGUCAACAUUGCUCUGGACGUGGCGUCGAAGCUGGUGUAUUUGGUAGAUAAUCGGGGGAACAUCGGCGUCGUGCACGUAGUCACCGGCGCGUACCAGGAACUGCUGGGGCGUGAAGUCAUAAAGGCAAAUGACAUAGCAUUGUCUCCAGAACGAGGGUUGAUGUUCAUCUCGGGGCAAACCGAGGUACACAACGGCAGCACCAACGUCACGGAACGUCUGCAGUGUAUCACGAUGUCACACAUGGAUGGCACCGACCUGGAGCAAGUCGCCUUCGGUCUGGGCGAGCCAGGAGGAAUCACUGUAUACAAAGAUCGUGUGAUAUGGGCAGACCGGAAGAACAAGACGCUGGAGGAGGUGAGGAUGGGGUCCUGGAACCACACAGUGUUGGUGGAGAACAUGCAGCAAGCUCCCGUUGACCUCGUGGCUCAUAGGGACUACCUAUACUGGACGGAGACAGGUGUCCGACGUGUUAUGAGGACCCCACUGACAGACCCCAUUGUCAGAGAGAUCUACAAGCCGAGCCAGCGCUUCUUCAACCUGGGUGGGCUGGACGUGGUUUCGGACGAAUUCAAUUACACAUCAGUGUGUCAACGCCAGCACUGCCAAGACACCAGAUUCAGACAACGUACCCGGACGUUGUCUACCAUCUGCAUCCCCACCCCCCGGGGCGCCGUGUGUGACUCGGACCCUGGCGAGAGAUUUGACAGUGCCGCGUGUCACUUUGGGAGGAAGGACUGCAACGACAGGGAGAAAUACAUGGAAAUGACUUUCUGUCGAAUACCCCCUCUGGGCAACGGCACUGUUCGCAACGUCACCGUUGGCUCCUAUGUACCCAACACGUUUAAGAUCCAGGUGAGCUGCAACCCUGGUUUCCGGCUAACGAAAGGCAUCACUACACGCCAUUCAGAGCACGACAUCCCCCUGAAGCACGACGAGAACAUGUGCUUGUCGACCGGCAAGUGGGCGGAAGAAUACGAGUGUCAAUUGGACGUGUCCUACCAGAUAGAUGGAACAUUCUCUCGUGGCUUCGUCAAGCUGUACGUCACAUCCAAGUUUUUGGUUCCUCCCGGGAUACGGACUUUGGACGUGAUCUGCAUUGGGGGUGGGGGCCGGGGGUACUCACACGGGCAGCGUGGUGGUGACGGUGGGGCGUCGAUGUUCGGUGAUCGUCUCAAGGCGUUUGGAGGACGAGGGGGAACGGCGCGGCAUGGCGGUUCCGGCGGUUGGGGGUAUCGCCACCUAGGCGGUCCAGGCGGGGAUAACGGCACGUGCUGGUUCGGCGGAGCGGCUGGACAAAUUAACAGGCAUCCAAAUGCCUGCGUCAUCGGAUCCACGGACUGUCCCUUCUGCGGCGCCGGGGGAUACGGCAACACCACUGACUGCCCCGCCACAGACUGCGUAGUGCUCUCGGGCGCCUGCUCUGGGCCAUGGGCCAUCACUCGGAAAGGUCUGAGCGGGUCCGACUUCGGCGGGGGUGCUGGUAGUCUGUCAGGGGGGAGUGGCGGUGCUGCGGGCUACUCGAGAAGACGCUGGAUGCAGGUGAAGCCAGAACAGAUUGUGACGGUGACGGUCGGUGCAGGGGGCCAGCCGUCCUCAGCGUCCCCUGGUGACGGGAUUGUUGUGGUGGCUUGGGGAGAUAAGAUAGAACACUUCCUUCCAUCAAAUGCUGAUUGGAAGCGAAGAUCAUGCCAUUAUAUGAAUCCAUCUUGUUCGUGCCUGAGAAACAUGGGCACCUACCGACUCAGUAAACCAAAUAGAUAUUUGUAGAUACAUGAACAUAACCUACUUCACCUGCUUUGUGAACAUUAAUUUGUUAAGCGGAUUUUGAAGGUGAAGGUUAGUGAUUGUGACUUUACCUUUAUCUCAGAUGUGUUCAUUCAGUGAGGCUGAUUCAAGUGCCUUGAAAGUGCAUAAUUGUUUCCUCAACUCGCUGUACAGAAUGUGAUGAUCAUUGACUGGAGCAUCCAAAGUCGUUGAAACUAAAUGUUAGUUUACUUGUUGGUCAGCAGUUAACUCCGGUUGAUUUUACGAAACUUGCAACCGUUGAUCACGAAAUGUAGUCACUCUUUUAAUCAGAGCUUCCUGCUUGACGUAUAUGUCAUUUGAAUAUAAAUUAUAUUGCAUCAACCUUUGUUGUAUUGAAUACAUGUAUGUAUGUAGUGAUUGGUGGACCUUGAAGAGGUAACAGUUUCAGUUAGCAUAGAUAUCGUUGUUGUAUUACUGGGAAUGCGUACUGCAUUGCACGGUAUCAUCAAUAAUACAUGUUUUCCUGUUUGGGCACCCUAGAAUAGGUCAUCACCUAUUCGCAUACAAACGGUCAGCGUUUGAAAAUAUUUAGUUUUUUUAUUCACACGUGUUUUAAAGAGUAUUAACGUUUACACUUCUAAGCGAAGGCCUCACUGUUGUUUACUUAAAAAGUAAAGCUAGUAUGAUUUACCAUUUUUUGUGUAGUUUUGGAAAGUAAACAAAAGCAAAUAUGA